AUGUCCGGAAGAAAACCCAACAGACAAAACCGCGGGAAAGGCGGGGCCCAGCGAGCCAACAACAACAAAAUCUAUGCAUAUCCCUUGCCCCUCGUUUUCGCUCCGGUAGAGUCCCCGAGUCAGCGCCUUCUCGCGUUCCUUGGUCUUUCCUCUGGCAUCCGCGUCCUGAACCCACACUGCACCGGAGUCUUCGAUAGAGAUACGAAGAGCGUAUGGGUAAUUGAUACUGCCGAUGCGCAGAAGCUUUGGAGAGGAGGAUUCUUCGGAAAGGGCAAUCUGAGCAGGAGUGAACCGAGUUGGUUAGCUAGGCAAAUCAACGCACGAAAACUCGCAGGGAAAGGAUUGACCUCCGAACAAGUGACUGCGAAGCGCAGAGCUGAGCGUCAGCAAUUCAAAAUUGAUCGCGCGAAGGCAAUGGCAGCCGUUGCUGCUGAGGCAGAGAAGGCAUUCGAGGAGGGUCGAGAGUACGACCUGGAGGCUGCCAAAGCUUCCAUCCCGUCUGCAGCAACGUGGAAACCUUCAACGAACGCCGUGGGCUCGAGUGACGCGGAUGCAGCUCCUGUGCUUGCUGAAGCGAUGGAGACGGGCAUAAAAGAAAGUCCCGAGGAAUCAGUAAUUGAUGACGAGCCCAUAGAAGAUCUAGAGCACCUUCAACUCACCCUUCCCGAGGCUUUCUUCCUCUCCUGGGCCCUCGAUUGCCUCACCAUCAUCGACUCCACCAAACUCGAGCCUCUCUCCCUUUCGGAUAUCUACAUGUCCUUUCACGAAGCGCACAUCGAUGUCCCUUCACCACCCGACACGAAGCCGCCACUGCGGCCAGAUAAUCCGUUUCUGCUUCACUAUGUCCUGUACCACCACUAUCGCUCUCUCGGCUGGGUCGUCAAAGGAGGAAUCAAGUUUUGUGUCGACUACCUGCUUUACAAGCGCGGCCCAGUCUUUCAUCAUGCCGAGUUCGCACUGGUUUUGUGUCCCGUAUACGAAGCUCCGGCGGAUCGCUCGUCUUCGCCCUUCACCCUGCAGAACGUUGAUCCGUUCGAAUGGUCUUGGCUCAGCACUAUCAACCGUGUCAACUCUCAGGUCCACAAGACGCUGAUUUUGGUAUAUGUCACUAUCCCCGCCUUAAGUCGGCUCGACCCGGAAGUGUUGCGUAGUCCGGCCGUGCUCGCGCACUACUCUAUCAGAGAAGUCACUAUCAGGCGGUUCAUACCGGCGAGGAUGCGCGAUUAG